CACAUUCCGAGAUGGAACGAAUAUAAAGCAGUCAUGGAAAAUACACAUUUCAUCCAAAUUCAUGUCUUUCUUAGAAUAAUAUAAGAACAAUUGAUGUGACUAAAUGUCUAGAAUUGACAUGAAAUCUAACAAUUUAUGUUAAAGAUUGCAAAUUUGUCUUUACAGUCUCAAAAUAUAACAUUACUCAGAGACUAAUUUCCGGAUUUCCUUAAAAAAAACAAUAUUUGACAAAAAAAUUGUACUAUAAUAAAAAUGUCACUUACAAGAUGUCUUUGCUGUUUAAGAAUGCUAAAUGGCAAUUCAGGACAUAUACCCUUGAAGGAAAUUCCUACAGUACAACUUGACACCAAUCACAUGGGUAAUGAUGUUGUGAUUGUGAAAAAUGGUAAAAGAAUAUGUGGAACAGGAGCAGCAUUGUCAAAUGCUCCUAUAGCACAAGAUAAAGCUUACUUUGAAGUUAAGCUACAGAGUACAGGUGUAUGGGGAGUUGGUCUUGCCACAAAGAGAUGUAAUGUAAAUACAGUACCACUAGGACAAGAUAGUGAUUCAUGGGUUGUCAAUCAUGAUGCUGUUAUGUACCAUAACAAAGAACAAAAAGGAACUAUGAGUCAGAGCUUAAAUGAAGGAGAUAUUUUGGGGAUAACAUAUGACCAUGUUCAUUUAAACUUUUACUUGAAUGGCCAGCCUAUGAAUUGUCCCUUCUCUGGAAUGAAGGGAACUGUUUUUCCUGUGUUUUAUGUGGAUGAAGGUGCUGUGUUAGAUGUACAGUUUGACCAUUUUUAUCACCAGCCUCCAGAUGGGUUUGACAGCAUAAUGAUAGAGCAGUCAUUGUUGUGAAAUACUCCACAUUUUUAAUGUGACCAUGUGAAUAUAAAAAAGAAGAUGUGUUUAUUUCAUAAUACAUUGAAAAUGAAAAUAUAUCUGCUAUGGUAGAAAUAUUAUAAUUACUAAAUUUUGAUGUUUACAGCAAAAUACAUUGAUGAUAUUUAGAUAAAAUCAUUGAUGAUAUUUACAAUAAAAUCAAUUGACGAUAUUUACAAUAAACUCAAUCGAUGGUAUUUACAAUAAAAUCAAUUGAAGAUAUUUACAAUAAAAUCAUUGAUGAUAUUUACAAUAAAAUCCACUAUAGCCCAUCAAAGCCAAACUUUUGAAUUCUAAAUAUUGUUAUGAGUAAUAGGUGUAAUAGCAUGUUCAGUAUUAUAUAAUCUGUGUAUUCAAUUUUUAUAGAAUAAGCAUUUCUUAAUAUUAUCAAAGCUUGCUAAAAAAAAUCUUAAAUAUGUAACUACAGCAUCUUCUUAGAUAUAAAUUUAACAGUUCCAACUGUUCUUUUUAAUUUUUACAAAAAAUCAACAAAAAGUAAAAAGAUUUUCUAUUCUAAAAAAACCUUCUCUUCAUGUUUUAUACUAUGAUAUCAAAAUCUGUCAAUUUUUAUCAUCUUAAAUUAGUGAAUACAUUAAAGGAUGUUCGCUCCUGUUGGUUUUGAAUUUUUGCCAGAUAUUCGGAACCCUCUGGUUUUAUUCAUGUAGUGCCAUCAAAAACUUUGCCUGCCAACCCCUACUUUUCUUUUCAUAAUUUUAUUACAUGCAAUUUUAAAAGCCAUAUAUAUAUAUAUAUAUAUAUUUGAAAAUCUUAUAAAAUCCUUGUUAUUUUUUCAUAGUUUUUAAUAGAAGAAAGGUGCCUAUGUUAAAUGUAUGAAAAGUCUCUAGAGAAUCAUUUCCCAACAAAUUUUCAAUGGCUUAUAUCUCGAAAACAAGCACAUGGACCCUUCAUUUUUUUCAGCUUUUUUAGUUCCUUUCUUUAUAUACUAUCAAUUCAUAACAGUCUUUUAAAAAGCUUGUUAUUUUGAAACAGAGUAGCAAACAUCCUUCUUGUAAUUUACUGAGAGUUUAAGGUUGUUUAAGGUAUAUUUGGCACUGUUCCACCAAAAUGAAAAUUGUAUGGUUCAAAUUGACAAUACCUGUAACUGACAAUAAAAGAUUAAGCAUAAAUUAGAUCACUCUGAUUUAAAUGCAGCUUUAAGAGUUUUGAAUCCUGUCCACAGUGUAAUGGAAAUCUAUGGCUGAUGAUAGUAGUGGGUAUUAUGUUUUCCACUCUUUGUAUCUGCCUGUUGGUCGGAUGCCUCAGGCAUUAAGAACCCUUGCAACAAGUCUUUGAGGGGUCUGUAGGAGGUCUGUUACAAGGCAAAAUUUCUGCUCAAUCUAAGAAUCCCCUAUUGUAGAACCUACCUAUUGUAUUUAUUGUUAAUUGUUAAUUUGUUCUCGUCCUGAACAUGCAUGAAAUAUUUGCCACUGAACGUAAAGAAAACAACAAUUAAUCAAGUAAUGUUUAUUUAAAAAGUACAAUGGUGGCAUCAAGCUCAGGAAAAUUUUAUUAUUUUACCUUUCAUUAUUUAUGUACAAUUAGAUAAAGAUUUCAAGCUAAAUGCUUAUAGCUCAAAUAUCAUAAAAAUAGGCACUAUUUUAUACUGGUGAUAUUUAAUGGCUAUUAAAAAUAUUAUGCUAUUUAAUUGCUGAUCUGCAUAAGUUAGAAAAUUUUAGUGAAAUAAACGUAAUGUUUUGGGUUUCAUCAGCGCAGUAAAUGUGUGUUUUUUUAACUUGAGCACUGUUUCAUUUUAAAGAUAAAACUGAGAAAUGAAUAUCAUAUAAUUGCCCCUUUUAAAUGUCGAAAUCAGUUAUUUAAAGAUUUUUUUUUUUAGAUCUCUUAGGAUUGGCUAUUAUCAAAAGUACUUAUUAAACUUACAGAUUAUAAGAUCUUUUGAUAUGUUUAAUACUCUUUCUGUUUUUCAGGAGAAAAUUGUAUUUUUGUAUGCAAAAAGUAUGGCAUAAAUACCAUGACACUAAUCAUUUUGAUUAAAAUUUAUGUAUUAUAGGUACAGAUAAUUAUUUACAAAGAUUAAGGUCCAUAAGU